AUGGCGGCCGUGGAGGCGUGGGGUUGUGCCCGGUGGCGGCUACUUCCUGCAGUGCGCGGGCCGGGAGGUUUGGCUGCGCGUGAACUUCACCACCCGCCCACCCCCGGCAGGGGCGGCUACGGACCUGCGCCCCUUCCUGCGUCCAUGGCUGGCCGGCGCAACUUCGGAUCCACCACAUCAUGGAAGCUGCGCUCUUUCCAGUUUCCUUGGCUAAAGGAUCUGUAUGUAUUCAACCCGCGAUUCAUCUGUUUCAUCUUAUCCAGACUCCCCGUCCUCGCGGCACUUUACCUCGCGGCGCUCCGCUCCGCCCCGCCCCGCCCACCUCCUGCUACGCCCCUCGCGCCGCCGGCCGCCUCCUGCCCCGCUCCGCCCCUCACCACGCGCCGCCGGCCUUCUCCUGCCUCCCAAUCCCAUCUCGCGGCUUUCUCCGCCGUUCACCGCUCCCCUCCACCUACUGGUCGCGACCUCGUGGGAGGCAGAGGAUGGGAGGGUGCGGCGCUGGCGUCCGACUCCAGGAGCUCGAGAGGGCCGAUCUGCGUGUCGGCGACCUCGCGGGAGGCAUGGCGUGGCGUGUUGCGCUCGAGACGAGCGGGCUCGAGUAAGGGGAUUGGAGGGUGGCGCCGGCGGGAUCGUGGACGGGGAUGGAGUGGGCGGGUGCCGGCAAGAUCGAGGCCGGGGAUGGAGAGGGCGGUCGGCGAGCUGGCGGCUGAGUAUGGAAGAGGCGACACUAAUUCGCUGCUACCCGCACCGCACCACGUCCCUAGCUUCCUCCUCUCUGAUCGAACCGAGUCCGUUUUACAAAGGGAUCCAGCGACUAGAGGGGAGCUGCCACAGGUGACGCUGCCGGAGAAGCUGGCGAGGUUCCUCCAGAAGUGCGCCGAAGGAGUUCCAGAACGAGCCCCGGUAUAGCGGCGACCGGUGGUACCUUCGCGGCUGGGUUCCAGAUGGGCUACGAUUACAAACUCCGUUGAUUAUUCACGCUCUGGUCGAUGCUCUGUCGGCAGCCCACUAACGAGGCAACUCUAUCGUUGAGGACCGUGUGUACCGCAGGAGGAUCCCUGAUGCUUUGUUGCUCCUGUGACCUUCAAUUUGUUGUGUGGCUGUCUACAAACAUACAGUAGCUUCAUUCAAAUUCUUUUUAGAAAUUGCUAGACGAAUUUUUUUGUAGAGCUGAGAGAAAAGAUGCAUAGACAAUAGAAUUAUGUUCAGGUUUGCAAUAAUUCGUUCUAUUUGCUUGCAAACAAAUUGCACAAGCCGUUCAUUUGUUGGAUGAUGUUUGCAUGUAUUUCUAGCAAGUUAUAAAAACUGAUGGAAGAUGCUUUGUGUA